AACCAAACAGAUUCUAAUCCUCAACAUGCACACCACGGUGAACAUCAAGAUAAUUAUCAUGACCUUCAAGAGGAUGAGGAUGAAGAAAAUGAAUACAAGAAUAGUUUAACCGAUAACUCUAGAGUAUUAUUUGUAUUUAACUUGACUGUAGAUACAAGAGAGGAGGAUAUUACUAAGGAAUUUUCAUUAUUCGGUAAGGUUGAAUCUGUAAAAAUAGUUAUGGACAGAAAGAAACUUAUUAAUAGAGGUUUCUGUUUUGUUACCAUGGCCAGUGUUGAGGAUGCAACAAGACUUAAGGAAGCCAAAAUUGUUGUGAAAGGUCAAGCUCUUCAUAUUGAAAAAGCUGCCAGAACAGAAGGACACAACUCAACACCUGGACAAGGUUAUCAAGGAAAAAGAACACCUAGGGAGCGUUUAAUGCCAAAAUCAAUGCGUGAUAAGGACCAUCCACGUGGUUCUAGAGGUGGUAGUGGAAGAGACAAUGGUCGUGGAAGUGGUGGUGGUGGAAGAGGUGGAGGUAAGCCACCAUUCAGACAAAGAGGAGGUGGUCAUACACCAAAAGGAGGUAGAUUACCACCUGGUUCUUAUCUUCCUCCUCAAUCAGGUCAACCACCAUAUGACUAUUAUAACUAUGGAUAUUAUGGAUAUCCACCUUAUGGCCAAUUUCCACCUCCACCAGGUACUCCUCCAUCAAUGAGUGGUGAAGAACACACUCGUGGAGCCAGUGGUGCCUCAACUGCAAGCUCAACAAGUGGAGGUAAGGAUGCUAGACCAUUCUCUGGCCCACCUUACUCUGGCUAUACAGGAUAUCCACCUUAUUCAGGUUAUCCACCUGGAGCUUACUAUCCACCUGGAGCCUAUGGAUAUUAUCCACCUUAUGGACCUAAUGGAAGUUAUGAUUAUCCUCCAUAUACUCCUCCUCCUGGAACUGGAAGAGAACCAUCAUCACCUCCACCAGGUUCCUCUUCAAGACCAACUUCUAACAGAAUUUCACCAUCUCGAAAUCACCCAAGAUACUUUUCCUCUGCAGGUUCUUCUAACUAUAGAUAUAAUCCUUAUCCAAGUGUAAGUGAAGGAGGAUCUGGACCAGUUGUACCUUCUGGACCACCAUUACGUCCACCAUCACCAGGUGCUUCUGGCGACUAUGAAUCAUCUUCAAACUAUGGAGUCUAUGGCACUGAAAAUCAACCAUGGAUCAAUAAAUAAAGACUCUACUGACUCUAA